CAGCAGCACCAGGUGGGACCACUUGACACCUUGCUUCACGGCAUCGAUAUGCAGUAGUGUGAUACCAGCUCUGCGGAGACGGGAAGGCCAGUCCAUGGCAUCUUGAUAUUAAAACCGUGGGCUCUGCGCAUUCCUCACCGACGGCGUAGUCUUUUUUCUGCGGAGUCGAAAGGAUUAACUUGGCCAGAUAAAGGCGGCGAGGGAGGAAAUCUUACCAAUAUUUCAAUUUGACCAGAUUCUGUUUGGGGGAUUCGUGGGAUAUCAUUGGACCUGCGAUGGACUCCAGCGCGGGGGAAUAUGGCAUGGCUCGUCUUGGAUUGUUUUUGGUUUUGAUGGGGCUGUGGAGAUUUAGUGAUGCUUGCCCCGCAUCCUGCACUUGCAGCAUCUCAAGGAUUGUUUGUAUUGAUUCUGUACCAGGGAUCGAGGAUUUCCCUGUCCUCACGUUAGAUGACAUGGAAAACAUCACCGAGAUAUUCGUUGCCAAUCAAAACAGACUGUUUGACAUCAACGACAACAGUUUGAGGCACUACAUAAACCUCAGAAACCUAACAGUGACAAAGACAAGAUUGGCAUCUAUAUCAUCAGACGCAUUUUUCAACAAUACAAGACUUCAAUAUGUAAAUCUCAGAGACAAUAAUCUAUCGACGCUGUCAUGGAGAACAUUUCAGAACUUUAACACAACAUUCCCGCUCCUCCUGUCUGGAAAUCCUCUGGACUGUGUUUGUGAGAACUUGUGGAUCAAACUGAGACUACAAGAGGAAAGCGACGGUCAAGAGCUGAAAUGCAUAGACGACAGAGGAGAGACGAAGGCCUUUGCCACACUCACUCCACCCGACUGUGUGGUUCCCAAAGUGGAGGUCAUCCCCAAAAUUGUGACCAAGAUGCAGGGGAGUAAUGUCAAAGCUGUGUGCAACGCCUCAGGCUCCCCUCUUCCUGAGAUCCUGUGGAACCUUGAUAUGCUCUCGACCCAGCACGAGAUUGAACCUUUCGAAACAGAGAGCAGCCUCACCCUGUCAGGCCUGUCUCCUGUUGAUAAUGGCAGGGUGAUCAUAUGCAGCGCUGAGAACAUGGUCGGUCAGACGGAGGCCACUCUUCAACUCAAUAUUCUCUUUGCCCCCACCAUCCAGCAGCUGCUGGGACCAGAGCAGAACCACCACUGGUGUAUCCCCUUCAGCGUGACAGGAAACCCCAAGCCUGAGCUGCAGUGGUACCACGAGAACGUGCCUCUCCAGGAGCAGGACUACAUCCGCACCAUGAUCCACGUGUCCACCGAGAGCGAAGAUCACGGCUGCCUGCAGCUGGUCAACCCCACACACAUUCACAAUGGUGUGUACAGGCUAGUGGCAAAGAAUGAGUACGGCCGGGACGAGAAGAAGGUCUCUGCCCAGUUCAUCGACCCACCUGAGACAGCAGAAGACCCCUUCUACUACUACACUACUGACUCGCCUCUCCCUCCGCUGGACGACAGUGUUGCAGUGUAUGUAGUUGUGGGAAUCGCAGGAGUUGCCCUGACCGGCUGUGUUCUAAUGGUGAUCAUUCUGAAAUACGGAAGAAACUCCAAGUUUGGUAUUAAAGGCUCCUCCUCAGUCAUCAGUAAUGACGAUGACUCUGCCAGCCCUCUUCAUCACGUCUCCAAUGGCAACAACACCCCGUCGUCCUCGGAGAUGGGUCCAGACGCAGUGAUCAUUGGGAUGACAAAGAUUCCUGUCAUUGAGAACCCACAGUACUUCCGUAACUCCGGCAGCAUGCUGAAAUCUGACACGUUUGUCCAGCACAUUAAGAGACACAACAUCGUACUGAAGCGGGAGCUGGGAGAGGGAGCCUUUGGGAAGGUCUUUCUCGCUGAGUGCUACAACCUGACACCAGAUCACGAGAAGAUCCAUGUGGCAGUCAAGACUCUGAAAGAGGCCAGCGAGAGCGGCCGAGCAGACUUCUACAGAGAGGCCGAGCUCCUCACCAACCUGCAACAUGAACACAUUGUCACCUUCUAUGGAGUGUGUGUAGAGAGUGACCCACUCAUCAUGGUGUUUGAAUAUAUGAAACAUGGUGACCUAAACAAGUUUCUCAGGUCCCACGGUCCUGAUGCAGUGCUAAUGGCAGACGGUCAACACAGCAUCCUGGUGGAGCUAACCCAGUCCCAGAUGCUGCACAUUGCCCAACAGAUUGCUGCUGGCAUGGUCUACCUGGCCUCCCAGCACUUUGUCCACAGAGACUUGGCAACCAGGAACUGCCUGGUAGGAGAAAACCUGCUGGUCAAGAUAGGAGACUUUGGCAUGUCCAGAGACGUUUACAGCACAGACUACUACAGAGUGGGCGGUCAUACGAUGCUGCCGAUCCGCUGGAUGCCCCCAGAGAGCAUUAUGUACCGGCGAUUCACCACAGAGAGUGAUGUGUGGAGCCUGGGAGUGGUGCUGUGGGAGAUCUUCACCUACGGCAAGCAGCCCUGGUACCAGCUCUCCAACAAUGAGGUGAUUGAGUGCAUCACCCAGGGCCGUGUGCUGCAGCGACCCCGCACCUGCCCUAAAGAGGUGUAUGAUCUGAUGCUGGGGUGCUGGCAGAGGGAGCCCUACAUGAGGCUGAACAUCAAGGAGAUCCACAGCAUGCUCCAGAGCCUCGCCAAGGCCUCACCUGUGUACCUGGACAUACUGGGCUGAUGCACCGGUGUUUGUGUAUGUACUUUGUGUGCGUGUGUGUGUGUGUGUGUGUGUGUGUGUG